AAAGUGAAAGAUAAAGAGAGCCAAGCCUCCAAUAAAUCCCACCACAAAAAACAUUCCUCUCCCGCCUACAAACCCUACCAUUCUUCUACUUAAACCUCGAUAAAUUAAAGAAAGAACCAACUUGAGAAAUUCAUCAUAUCAUUGCACGGAAAUCAAUAUGGGGUGCAACUCCUCAAAAGCAAUUGAAGCCACCACCGUAGCUAUCUACCGUCCACCACCUUCAAGCUUUGCUGUUUUUGAUAUCAACUCAAUACAAGAACCAUGGCUUUCCAUGGACAAUACUACUCAAGAAAACCAAGAAAAGCCUACCCAUCUGCCAGCUCCUAUAUUGGAGAAGCUCAACAAGUUGGAAGCUGAUACUCCUCAUACUUGGGACGAGGUUAGCAAAGCCCUUGAAGACCUCAAACCUGCUCUUGAUAACAAAAGCCUUAUCGUCCUGCCGCCACCACCAAAGCCUGAUACUAUAAAACAACCAACAAAAGAUAGCACCCAAGAAAAGAAGCAAGCCCCAAAAAAGAGCUCGUCUUUUCACACAGUUGAAGAACUUGACGCGAAGUUAUCUUCAAAAGAAUCAAGACCCAAGAACGAGCUGAGAAAGUCAGAGUCCAUGGGAACUGGGUUCAAGAAAACAGAAGUCAUGAACAAGACGACUGAUCAGUUAUCAAGAGUGGCAGUUGAGCCAGAAACAGGGUCAGGGAAAGUUAUCAAGCCAGUAAAAGAGAACAUAUUCAUACUAAGAGAUAGGCAAGAAAGAGAAAAAGAAGGGAAAAUGGCGAACUAUGACAAAAUGAAAAGGUUGGAUCCAUUAAGUGAGUACCCAGAAAAGAUUCCACCGAAUGGAGGAGCUGAGUCAGUGGUGAUUUACACGACGUCGUUACGUGGCGUACGCAAAACAUUCGAAGAUUGUAAUCGUGUGAGGUCUUUGUUAGAAGGGCACAGAGUGGUGUUUGAUGAAAGGGAUGUGUCUUUGCACGGUGAUUUCCUGAACGAGUUAAGGGAGUUGUUAGGUGAAGAAGCGAGUGUCCCAAGGGUUUUUGUUAAAGGAAGGUAUUUUGGAGGGGUGGAUAAUGUAAUUGAGUUGAACGAAACGGGUAGACUCGGCCGGAUAAUGAGUUGGGCACGUGUGGAAAGAGGGGUAGGGAGACAAGCGUGUGAAGGUUGUGGUGGUGCUAGAUUUGUGCCAUGUGUGGAUUGUGGUGGGAGCUGUAAGGUUUUAGUGGAUGGAGUUAAGGAGAGGUGCGGUGAGUGUAACGAGAAUGGACUGAUGCUUUGUCCUGCUUGCCUAUAAUUAAUCUGUGGUGUUCUUUUGUGUGCUGGAUUUUAAAUUUUAAUUAUUUUGGUUUUGGCAUUUUCUGGUGCAAGUGGAUGAAGUGGUGCCAUGGAGGAGCUUCUGAAAAAGUUUGUAUUUGAUAUAAUUUCUUCACAUAUUGUAAGAGAAAUUGUAAAUUACUGAUCGUA